UUCGUUUCGUUAUUUCAGUUUAAGGAUGUCUGAAUUUCUCGAAGCCGAUGUUGUUAAAAAAAUGGAAGAAGUUAAAAUUCUUUAUAGGAAAUUGGAUGAAUUAUCCAUUACUAUACUAAGAACUUUGCAAAGUAUAAUGUUUGAGAGAAAAUAUUUAGAUGCUAACUUACAGGAAGGUUAUAUAAACAUGGCAAAAGCCCGAUAUUUGAUGAGAGGCCAGAAAGUUGGUAUUCAUCAAGUUAAUAGUACUAAUUUAACAGCUACUUUUAAGGUUAGUAGUUAUUUAGAUGUGGAUGAGGGUGUGGAAUAUUUGAAUUAUAAAUUGGAUGAAGUUUCUCUCCCACAGAACGAUGCUACUUUGAAACUUCGUUCUGUUAAUGUCGAGAACCAAUUGGUUGAUGACCAGGUUUCAGUUUUAGCACCUGAUGAAGUAGAUUGCAAGAACGAAGAUUCUAAAACAUCUAAGGAAACUAUUUGUUCCAAUUACAAUGAUCCACUAAAAUGGUUCGGUGUUUUAGUUCCGGAAAGUUUACGAACUUGCCAAACUCGCUUUAAACAGUCUACUUGUACUGCUCUAAAAAUAAUUUCCCUUCACAAUAAAUUAAGAGAGCUUCAUAAAGAAUAUAAAAUAUUGAAGUUACAAAAAGCAUCUUUGUGUUCACAUGAUUUGAUAUGCAAUAAUACUGAAUCAGAAUGCAAUAACUCGGUGAAAUCCUAAUGAUUGAAAUGAUUCCACUAAGAAAACUUUGGGGUCGAAAAUUUAAGAUACGAAAAUUUAGAAUUUUGUUAAUUGGAAAACCAUUUAUAGUUUGGAUUAUUAAAUAAAUAUACAUAUAUUUGUGUUUUAUAUUUUUGCUUAUUGUUUUUGUAUUUUUACAAUUCAAAAAUGAAUAAUUAUUGAAAACUUUCUAACAGUAUCGUUUAAAAGUGUAUAAAAGAUAUUUUAUAUAUUACAUGGUUAUGAUUAUAGCGUGGAAUGUGCAAUGACCUUUAUAUGUAAAAACAUGUCCAACCAAUGAUAAAUACUUCUUGUAAAAUUUUUGUACAUUUAAUUAAAUAAGCUUCACAAAGAUGAUUUCAAAGUUCAUAUUCUUAUUAAUUAAUAUUUAGUUAUUAUCAAGUUUAUUGUCAAUUAUUUUUUAUCUUGGAAAAGUAUAACUGACAAAAGAAGCUUGGUCUUGGGUCAUAUUUUUGAGAAAAUAAAUUAGAUUUGUGUAACUGAAUCAAACUGUAUUCAUUGAAUCAGCUUGGAAUUAUUUUAUUUCAGUCUGUGCAAUAUUAUUACUGAUGCAAAUUGAUUAUUUCUUAUUGUAUAAGAAGAUUACAAGAAACAAUCUUGUAAAAACCUUAUGAAUAUAUCUUAGAAAAAAUAUACUAAUUUGAAAUAGUUAAUACCAUUAUCUAUUUUGUUUUAUGUAUAGAUAUUACAAUAACAUUUUGCCUUGCCUUAAUUAUAAACUAUUUUUUAUGUUGUACAUUUUACUCAAACAAUAAUUUUUUUAAAGAUUUGGUAUGAUUGUGUUAAUUAUAGCUUGUAGUUAAUUGUGACAAAUGAGAUGUUAAUCAUAGCAAAAGAAGACACAAAUGAUAUGAUUGUUUAACACUUUUAUUUGCUUUAUAAAGCAUGCUUUAAGAAAGUGUUUUGUAUAAAUCUAUAAGUGAUUAUUAGAUUUUUAAAUUGCAAUUACGUUUGUGAAACUGAAUAUGCAGCACAUUUUUUUGGAACUUUAGAAAUUAUACUUUUUAAGCAAGUAAAAUAAAUUCUUAACAAUUAAUUCAUUUUAACUACUGAUAUUUAAUUAUUUUU